CUGGUAUUCAUCUUGCAGCCUCACACACCAUGGCCUCGUCUUCAAAUCCAGUCAUCCUGGCCUCCGGAACCAACUCCGGCCUCACCGUAAACAUCCACCCCCUCGCUAUCCUCAACAUCUCGGAUGUCUGGAACCGUGCACAGUUUACUUCCUCUGGAUCCGAGUCCCCCAAGUUGGUUGGCGCGCUGCUGGGCACAGAGAGCAAUCGGGAAGUAGCUAUCGUCAAUUCUUUCGAGCUCACUUUUACUCCCACUGGUGGAGAUGUCGAGAUGAGCGAAGGAGGUGCCGAGAAGGGUGCCUAUACUCUUGAUACAGAGUUCCUGCAAACUAGAGAGGCACAAUUCAACGAUGUUUUCCCCAGUCUCAAGAUUGUCGGCUGGUACUCUAUUGGCUCGGAACCCACCCCCGAUGAUAUCUUCUUGCACAAGCAAUUCAUCUCAUCCACAUCCGAGUCUCCUAUCUUCCUGCUCUUCAACCCCCAUCCCGCUCCAGAGGCCCAGAACCUCCCCCUCAAUAUCUACGAGAGUGCAGAGGUCGCUGUCACGGGGGGCGCUGAAGCUGUUGAAGGAGGGGAUAUCAAAUUUGUGGAGCUGGGGUAUGGAAUCGAGACUGGAGAGGCGGAGAGAAUCGCGGUGGAUGGUGUUGUGAAGGGUGGAACGGCGGAAGAGGACAGUGCUGUUGGCCACCUGACAACGCAACGGAAUGCCAUCAAGAUGUUGUUGGACAGGAUAGAAAUCCUGCAAAAGUACAUCUCUGGGGUCGUCAACAGUAUGUCUUUCUUACUUGUUCGACUCGUUCUGACUCAUCGAGCAGAAUCCGCCAAACCCGACCACGCCAUCAUUCGCCAGAUAUCCUCCCUCGUCUCCACUCUACCCACCAUGGACGCUGCAGAAUUCCAAAACGAACUCAUGACCGAAUACAGCGAUGUCCAGCUCUCCUCCUACCUUUCGUCCCUCACCAACCAGCUCAACGCUCUCAGCGAGUACGGAGAAAAGCAUUCUUUGGUUUACGGCUCGAAGGAGGAUGAUUAUAGCGGCGGUGGAGCUGGGAUGGGGCUGCGAAGUGGGAGAGGGAUGAAUUUGGGCUUUGGGGGGUUCGAUUUGGGGGGCGGGGGCAGGCGACGAAACAGAUGA